AGCGUUCUUCCUGCUUUAUACCUAACGCGGCAAGUUCUCGCCCUCCCGCCCUCGAGGAUUAUCUGGCGGCCUGGUGCAUAGAUCCACGGAGCCGGAUGCGGCCACUGGUUGCUUCCCCGCUUCUAGUCCCGCUGCAGUUGCUGCUUCGUGAGGGGUUUCGCUCGACGCGGCCCGGCAUCGUUUGCCGCUCGGGGAAGGGCAGUUGGGUGAGUUUGUGCAUGCAUGGUCUUCUCGCUCCAGGAAGGGCUCCCCUGCCGUGUGCCGCUGAAGGCCUUGUUCCGGCAAUGCCAGCCAAAGAAUACUAGAAUGCAAUGACUUUUGAAGAGUUAUCAAACAAGGACUGGUAUAACAUUCUGGGUGCAGAACCAUCAGACAGUUUGAUAGAACUGAAGAGGAAAUAUCAAAAGCUUAUAUUAUUGUAUCAUCCAGACAAACAGAGCGCAGAUGUGCCAGCAGGAGAAGUGGAGGCGCGCAUGCAGAGGUUCAUCGAAAUUGAUCGAGCGUGGAAAAUUCUAGGGAAUGAAGAGACAAAAAAAGAGUAUGACCUGCAGCGGCGUGAACAUGAAUUAACCCAAGGAUGGCCUGUGGAUGCUCAAGUGUCACUUGAAGAUAUGGCCUGGAAUCUCAAUGAUCACAGUUAUUCUCUCAUAUGUCGAUGUGGUGGAAAAUACACUGUCUCCAAAAAAGAAGCUGAAGAGGUUUCACUAGUAUGCUGUGAUACUUGCUCAUUACUUAUAGAGAUUCUUCGAUGACCGCAAAGGAUAUGGGAAACACAAAAGAUGUAUUGUGUUAGGCAGCUAAUAUGUCAGUAAAUACCAUAGUAGAAAAAUGCACACUAACUGUUAAGAAUGUCAGUACAAACAAGUUUUCUUUCUGCAUCAGAGAUUCCUUUUUAAAAUCCACGCAAAUUAUGCUCCAAAUGUUUUUUAAUUUGAAUUGUCCAUAUCUUAGUGUAUGAGAUUUAAACACUACAUUUCUUCAGCUUGCACAAGUGAACACCAUUUAAUAUUAGCCUCCUAUUCUGGUAUCAUGAUUACUCCUUUCUGAGGAUAAUGCAUCCUGUACCGAAGAUGAACAGGACUUGGAAUACUGAUCUUAAACUGAAAAGUGGGCUUCUGAAAGCAUACAUGCCACCAUUUCAAAACCAAUCCAGUACAAUAUGUAGUACAGUCGACUCACAACUUACGCAAGCAUUUUUGUUUGACAUAUGGAACAAUCCCCCAUCUCCUCCCCCUGGGUGCCAUUUUGGGUGUUCUCCCAGCCCUCCAGAGUGGAUUUGGGGUGGUGUGGGGUGCACAGGGGAAAGAGAAGGGGAAAGCCAUGUUCUGCUAGUAGGAAUGCUUGUGCUAGCUGUGGUGGAUUAGUUCAAUCCAGCCCCCAGAGCAUACUAAUCCUGCUCUUUAAAGAGCACUUGCAAAUAAUUUCCUAAUAGGCUGGCACUUGCUUAUUC